CCUACUUAAAUUGACUUUCCUCGUUCAUUUUAUUGUAGACGAUUCUAUGGAAAAGAAAAAAAAUUAUCUGUGACAGACGAGCUCAACAACUAGUCAAGUCCAUGAACUGGACCAUAGUUUAAUGUCGCGUGUUUGAGUUUGAUAAUAUGAGCGUAUUAAUUUCCAAUGGGAAAUUUUUUCAUGUUCUUUUAUGCUCUGAUGACUACGAGUUAUUGGUAAACCUUUACAUCACCACAUUCCGAUAAGAAAAUUUGUUUGAAUUAAAUCGCGAGGUAAUUUUUUCAAUACGCUGCCCCAUAAAUAUCAAUACGAACACUUUAAAUGGCAAUUUCCCAAGUCUAGAAUUGAAAAAUGUGUAUCUAUUAUUAGCUUUAAUCAUAGUUGAAAAAUCGUCGUUUUAGAUCAAUUUACGCUGUCAAUUGAACUACUCGAGUCCUGAUCGGUCACUAUAUAAAGAGACCUUGAACUUAAAUUCGAGUUUCAUUUGAUCCUGCGAGCUCACAGUAACCGUAUCGUUUUGUAAUUUAUUUUGAACAUUUAUUCGGCAAAAUGAAAAGUUUAUCAGAGAAAAAAGUCAUCAAAGAUGACGAGUGCUUUAAAAUAAUCCGUAAAAAGCUCAGUCAGGAGUCAAUGGACCAUUACGAUCUAAUAAGUUACGAAGUCAUACCUUUGUCGGCAGUCAAUGGUUACAUGGGCCAAUACUUCACCUUGAGAGCCACCGUCGGUUGCCCGCAAGACACGCAGAGCUUGACGUUCUUCACGAAAGUGCCACCCUGCGAGAGCAGCCCCCAGCACGACUUCAUGCAGGAAAUGGGUAGCUUUAAAAAGGAAGUGGACCUCUAUACGACCGUCUUUCCUGAGAUCAUGCCCAAUGUCAGUGAGACUAAGCAGCAGCAGCAGCAGCAGCAGCAGCAGUCAAAGCAUGCCUACGUUCCCCAGUGCUUUCUCGGCCUCGAGGACGAGAUAAUCGUGCUCGAGGACAUGGCCUACAGCGGCUUCCGCAUGACCAACAAAUUCGCACCCUUCGACUACGAGCACUGCGUCGUGCUGAUGCGGACCCUCGGCCGUUUUCACGCCAAGAGCUUGAUCUACGAGACGCUGGAGAAGAGGAGCCUGCACGACGACUUCGCUCACUGCAUGCACGAGACCCUCUGGCCUCUCAAAGGGAAGCGAUCGACGAGCAUGUUCGAUGCCGCCGUCAAGGGCUUGCUUGCGCUCGUAGACCUGAUGGAAGAUUUUAACGAGGAGCAGAAACGCAUCCUCAAAGGCAGCAUCGAGACCCUCUCGAGGAACCACGCCAAGAACUUGCUGCCGUCGAGGAGGUUCAAAAACGUCCUCUGCCACGGAGAUCUCUGGGCCAACAACAUAUUGUACAAAUACGACGACGCUGGCAAGCCCACGGCAUGUUGCCUCAUUGACUUCCAGCUGGCCAGGUACAACCCACCAGCUCACGACAUCCUGUGCUUCCUGCAAUUUUCCACCAGUCGGGCGCUUCGCCAGGAGCGUCUGGCCGAUUUAUUGGACGUCUACUACGGGAGUCUGAGCUCCAGCCUGGCCGAGUGCUCCCUCGAGGCCGACGACAUUUUCCCGCGCUCCGAGCUCGACGACUCGGUCGAGGAGCUCGGGCUGAUGUGCAAAAUGCACGGGGCCUUGAAUAUCCCGAUCAUGCUACUGGAGGCCGCGACGGUCAGCAAGUACUUCGUCGACGAGCCGCAGCAGCUGGAGCGCGUGCUCUACGUCGAUCGGACGCCCCUGGUCACGGUGCAGUUCGAGGAGUCGCCCCUCUACAGGGAGCGCAUGUGCGACGCCUUGCUCGAGCUUUACGACGAGCUUUACGGACGACGCUCGGAGGGCAAAGAUCAAUGAAUCAACGCAACGAACUUUUAUAAUUCAAUUUUCACUUUUCUUUAUGUAUAUAAUUAUUUAAAUCAUCAAUUAUAAUGAAUAUAGUUAUGUACAAUAUUGAA